GACAGCUGUAUAACAGUUUUAUUGGCGUUGUUUUUAUUGUGAUUUCUUCACAUUUUACUUUUCCAUCGCAAAAUCUUCAUCUUCCCCGCGUGUUUUGGGGAUUUUUGCACACGUAAAACCAGGUUUAAAUAUUCCAGGUGCACAGAUUUGUGGAAAAUUGUACGUUGAGUGAAUUGUAAGAGUUCAAAGGGCAAAAAAGCAAAAGACAAAAAAAUGACGAAUCAGCCAAAAUUUGUGGGCACCGGUUUGGAGGAAUUGAAAGUUCCAGGACAAGCGUAUCUCAGAGAUGCCCUCACUUCCUGUACAGAUCCGCUGAAAGCGAUUGAGAACUUCCAACUAGAAAAUGGAAUUCUUCUUCCAUCCCUGAGACCAAUGCUUCCGCUACUUGAUUUGCACGGUGUCCGUCGAUUGGAUUUCCACACAUCCGUGCUGGAGGAGUUGCGUGAACGGCUGAUAGCUGAAAUAAACAAAUUGGGUGCCAAAGAAGGGCGUGAACGUGAUAAAAUACUGGAUAAAUUGCUGAAGGAGAGUUUUCCCGUUGUCCGGGUACGUGCUCUCAGGCCAAUUGUAAUGUGUAUCCUCCGGAAUACACCACAUAUUGAUGAUAAAUACCUUCGUGUAUUGGUGCGAGAUCGCGAGCUAUACUCAGACACUGACACCGAAGUGAAGAGACAAAUCUGGCGGGAUAAUCAAUCCUUGUUUGGUGAUGAAGUCUCACCGCUGCUGUCGCAGUAUAUCCGUGAGAAGGAACACAUUCUCUUUGAUCACCUAAAUCUCAACAAUCUCUUCUUCACACCCUCACCAAAGAUCCGGCGACAGGGUGAGGUGGUACAGAAGUUGGCCAAUAUGAUUGGAAACAAUGUAAAAUUGUACGAUAUGGUGCUCCAAUUUCUCCGUACGCUCUUCCUACGUACAAGGAACGUCCACUACUGCACCCUUCGGGCAGAACUCCUCAUGGCACUGCACGAUCUCGAAGUUCAAGACAUAAUAUCCGUUGAUCCGUGCCACAAGUUUACAUGGUGCCUGGAUGCAUGCAUUCGCGAGAAGAAUGUCGACAUUAAACGAUCCCGGGAGCUUCAGGGCUUCUUGGAUAAUAUCAAACGUGGUCAGGAACAGGUUCUUGGUGAUUUAUCAAUGACCCUUUGUGAUCCAUAUGCUAUUAAUUUCCUCGCAACAUCAGCUAUUAAGAUUCUCCAGCAUCUCAUCAAUAACGAAGGGCUACCGCGUGAAAAUACAAUCCUCAUCCUCCUCCUGCGAAUGCUGGCCCUGGGGCUGAGUGCAUGGGUAAUGAUUGAUUCGCAGGAGUUCAAGGAACCCAAACUCGAUAGUCAAGUUGUAACGAAGUUUCUACCAGCUCUAAUGUCUCUCAUGGUGGAUGAUCAGGUGCGCUCCUUGACUGCUCGCCUCCCGCCGGAUGAGCGUGAGAGCGCCAUUACGACUAUUGAACAUUCAGGACCAGCUCCCGAUGCCGUUGAGGCGUACAUCCAAGAGAGCACAGUGGCCUCCAUCCUGGCCAUGUACUACACACUUCACACAGCACGCCAAAAGGAUCGCGUGGGAAUUCUGCGUGUUCUCGCAAUCCUCGCAUGUUGCAAAGAUGAUCGUGCUUAUGAGGAUCCCUUCCUGCACUCCCUCAUUGCUCUCCUCAUUCCAAUGGCUGAAGAAUUUACAGCUGAAGACUUUUGCACGGGACUCUUCGAUGAGUUUCUCUUUGCACGUCUCACGCGGGAUAACGUCACGCGGCACAUGUUGAAAUUGCUGUGGUACAUUCACCCGAAAUUACCAUCUGGGCGCCUCCAGACGCUCCUUAAGGCCCUCCAACCGACAGCUCAGCACCAUGAAAAUGUCCAUAAAUUGUAUGAAAACCUCCAGGCGCGCAUAGGAUUGGCAAUACAGGAGAAUGCCGCAACGGAAGCCAUGGAGAUUGAUUAUGAUUCCCCACUGAAGAGCGUCCCAACGCCAAAGCCGCAUUACCUUUAAAUGUUCUGUUCAUUUUUUUGGGAGGUGUGUGUGCACGUUCCACCUUUUAGGAUUGAAAUGAAAAUGGAUGGAAUUUUCAUAAGAACAACAUGAGUUUAAAAAAAAAUUGAAUUAUUCUUCAGGUCGAGGCAAAAAAAAACAUGAAAAACUUAUUAAAUAAAUGCGAAUUAAUUGAAGAAUUCACGAAAAAGAA